UGUCUGUCUCUCUGUCUGUGUCUACCCUCCUCCAGUGUUAAAUGGGAGUCUGGGGGAGUCCCCCACUUCCCCACCUCUCUCAAAUCCUUCCCUCUGUCACCAGCCAUCCCUCUGGCCCAGGCAGAGUGGGUGUGGGGCAGGUAGGGGCCUGGAGUGGCCUGGUCCUACCCUCUGGCCUAUGGACUCAUCCUCAGGCCACCAGUGUUGCCCUCUCCCUUUUUAAAACAAAAUACCCUUGUUUGUAAAUUCUUAGAUGCUUGAGAAUAAAACCCUUCCCUUUUCUUCUGAAUGUGGUGUCCUAAGCCUGGUAGAAUUUAUAGAGAUGUGGGAAGUGGCUGGGAGGAGGGCUUUCUGUGAGUGGUUAACACUGAAUUCAUGAGCAAGGCGGGAGGUGUUUGGAGUGAGUUAGGGUGUCAAGCCACCUUGUCAGGGGUCCCCUUGCCCUAAUUUCAGCACAUCAAGAAAGCCCUUAUCCAUGCAGGCCUUGAGCAUGGGCUGUGAUGUCAGCCCCUGCAUCCUCCGCCCCCGCUCCCUGCUUCCCAGAGUGGCAGACUCACCAAGGCCAGGGCUGCCUACCCACACCUACCCACGGUACAGCCCAACCAGGUGCCUGCUGCUGGUCUGGAGCACUCCAGCCUGGACAGGUCACCAUGGUGGGCACUGCAUUCCUGCUGCUGGCCCUGCUCCCUGGGACGGCCACUGUGCUCAAUGCACCACUUGCACCCCCGUUCCCUGGCCCCUGGCUGCGCAGACCCCUUUUCAGUCUGGAUUUAUCAGACACAGAGGAUUCAUUCCCUCGCCGCACUGGGCCACUGGAGGUUCCAGCCGACAGCCAUGUGUUUGUGCAGGCGGCCCUGGCCCGUCCUUCACCGAGAUGGGGCCUGGUCCUGCAUCGCUGCUCAGUAACGCCUUCCUCACGCCCGGCCCCGGGGCCUGCUCUGGUGCUUCUGCGUGGGGGCUGCCCCGCCGACGGCUCUGUCAGCUUCUCAUCACCUCCACACCCGGAUGCUGCUCGCCCCACACGCUUCAGCUUCCGCCUGCGCCCGGUAUUCAACGCCUCCGUGCAGUUCUUGCACUGCCAGAUAAGCCGCUGCCGCCGUCGCAGCCAUCGCCACCGAGCUGUCCGUCAGACACCGACGCCUGUGACCCCACCAGCGCCAUCGCAGUGUCUGCCUCAGGAUGAGGCAUGCGCAGGCAGCGGUGAGAGCUUUGGUACCGACAGCCCCCACCUGCACACGCUGACGCAGCCCAUCGUGGUCACAGUACCUCGUCCGCCCCCUAGGCCGUCCAAGAGCCUUCCAGGCAGGGCAGUGGGCCCUGAACCGCCGGCUCCAGUCGCUGCAGCCCUAGAGCCCGGCCCAGUGGUGGCGUUGGUGUUGGCGGCAUUCGUGCUGGGUGCUGCGCUGGCCGCUGGGCUCGGUCUCAUCUGCGCGCACUCAGCACCUCCAGCACCAGGCCAACCUCCUAGAGCUUCUUCACCCAGCGGUCCCCAGCUCCAGAGUCCCUAG